UUAUUUAUUUUUUAAUGGGUUGGGGUGGGUGGAGCGCUGAAAGAAGGUACAGGAUCUAAACAAGAAAGCCCUCCUCCCCCCUCCCUCCGGAAGCGAUCCAGCCUCAGCCUCAGCCUCAGCCUCAAGCGACGGUCGGCGAAAUGGACGCGCCACCGGAGAAUGAUGUCUGUUCCAUUUGCCAUGCCCACUUCCAUCUUCCUUGCCAAGCCAAUUGUGCUCAUUGGUUCUGCGGUAGUUGUAUAAUGCAACUUUGGGAUCAUGGAGCUGCUCUGCAUCCCUGUAAAUGCCCGCUCUGCAGACGUGAGAUCACCCUCCUGGUUCCCAGCGAGGCUACAUCUAGGCAGCACCGUAUGUCUGGUGUUGCUGAGAUUCUACAAAGGAUUGAAAGAUACAACCGUCUUUAUGGCGGACGCUCAAAUACCCUCAUGCAGAGAAUGCAAGAUCUUCCCUUUCUUCUCAAGAGAUUGUUACGCGACAUCAUGGAUCCACAAAGAUCACUUCCGUUUGUUAUCAGGGCACGCGUAUAUUUGUCAAUGAUUGGCAGUGCUAUAUAUGUAAUUAGCCCAGUGGACAUUCUCCCUGAAGCCCUGCUAGGUAUAUUUGGUCUCCUGGAUGAUCUGAUUAUUGUAUUCAUAUGCUUCUUGCACGUUGCUGCCCUCUAUCGAGCUGUUCUUGUGACGCGGCAUGGCGGUGGCACUUAAUACUUGAUGUUUCACAGCAUCAUCCGGAGAAGCAAAAAGUGAUCAGCAUCUAGUGGUGAAUUUAGCAACAUCUGAGCGGAGGACUCAACUGUAAUGUAUUUCAUUUGUUCGUGCAAGCAUCAACUUACUUUCUUACUAAAACAUUUAGACAUCAGGCCCACAGUUACCUGGGAUACACUGAAAGCAAGGAGAACAACUCUUUGGUAUCAAGUCAAAGACAUAUUUGGCUCUUGAAAUAGGGUGUAUGUCCCGCCAAAUAUUUCACGAUAUUCUAUAUCUGCCCUGUAUCAGUAUGAAUGAAUGGUUGUUUACACAGUAUUCUUUUAUGUUCUUCAAACUGAGCUAAUAAAUAAAUCGUACCUAGGGGUAUGAUGUA